AUAACAAUAUAUAUCCUUGUCACGAUACAAGAAUAAGUCGUGUAAAUUUCAUAUCAUAUCGAUUAAGAGAGACGAAAAUGAUUUAUUCCAAAUUGGAUACAUUUAAAGUCAUUCUGAUUGUUCUAGUCGUCAUAAAUUUUACAGAACAAUGUACUGAUUGUUCUAAUACAACAGCUACAACAACAGUAAAGGAUACAUCAAAAGGAUCGUCCUCAUUUGAAUUCAAGUUUUAUUUUAUACCUAUACCAAUAGUACUUCUGGGAGCUGGAAUAUCCGGUUUGUUCUGUUGUGCAAGAUGUCGAAAUGAAAAAUACGGAGAAAACAAGACUCCGGAUGAUUAUACUAUGGAAAGAUAUAAUGGACCCGAUCGAAAAAACAAUAAAUACUCCAUUCACGAUGUAAAGAGGAAACAGAAGCCACCUGUUCCGCCUCCACUAACGACAACAAGAACUUCAGACUAUGAAACAGUUUAUGAGACAAUAAAUGAAAAUCAACAAGAAAUCAACUCAGUAUCGGGAUAUUUGUCUCUUGAAUCAUCUACUUAUCUAUACCCAUCGAAUUCGUACGAUCGUCUACAGGCUACCGGAGAUAUUGAUAAAGAGAAAAAGACCAAUGAAAAUAGUGACAGUAUAAGAGAUGCAUCGGGUAUCAGAAGUUUUGCUGAAGUAACCCUUUCAAAGCCACUGUCUACCAAACAACACAACUUUUCUGAUUCUAAUUCUUAUAAGAAUUGA